AUGGUGCAGUCAUUUGAUGGAAUUUAUUCGCUCCCUAAUAAAAAUUUUGUUCUAUCAGCGCACCUGCUUAGUCACAAAGGAGAAGGAUCUCUGUUGUCUGAACUGAAGCGGCUAGGAUGGGUGCGCAACUUGUACGCCGAUGCAGACAUUUUUGCAAAAGGAACCUGCAUAUUCCAAGUCGAUGUUCACCUCAGCGCUGAUGGCUUGGAUCACACUGAAGAUAUAGUAAGUCUAGUUUUCAAGUACAUCGGAUUAAUUCGACGAAGUGGUGUGGUUGCUUGGAUACAUGAAGAACUUCGAGAUCUGGGAGAGCUUCAUUUUCGCUUCGUGGACAAGCAAUAUCCGAAGGAUGUGGUGGUGCAAUAUUCUUCUGAGCUACAGCGCAUUCCUUUUCAAGACGUUCUGUCGUGCCGUAUUCUCCUGACGGAGUACAACCCU